AUGUUCGAUCUCGCGGGCACCGUCGUCGCACUCGACGCGGAAGGGACAAAUCGACCGAGCAAGCGUCGACAUAUCGCUGACCAUGCGGGCCCGAGCAGCUUGGCUGUUGGCUCCGAUGGACUGCAACAAGUCGCCUCUCUCGCUCGAGGCCAUCAUCACCAUCAACUCGCUCAAGAUCCAAUGGAGAGCGCGAACAUGUUCCUGACCAACCAACACGAGCAUGGCAUGGAUGUUCCCGUCCAAGGCGAUCCCAUGCGCUCAGAGUCGCAAGACUACAUGCACGACGAAGUGUUUGGCGGUGCACAGUCAUCGAGCACGAGGCAUCGAGAGUCACCCCUCGUGGAUCCGCUGGCGGACAUCGAUACGAGCAUGCUCACGAGCUCGCUAGCAAGACGUGUCGCUGCCUUUCCUCCUCACCCCAGUGUUCCUCUUGCCCAGCGAGGACGUAAGCGGGGCUCGACGAACGCAAAGAGAGAUUCGGAAGAAUACGAUCUCGCGCUACAACACGCAGCCGAACUGGAUCAUCUGGACGAGAACGGCAAACCCCUCUCUAAGACGAUCAGGGACCAGCGACGAGCGGAACAGAACCGAGCAGCGCAGAAGGCAUUCAGAGAUCGUCGGGAGGACUAUGUUCGCCAGCUGAUCCGUCGAUCGGAUCUGCUCACGGAAGUCCAGAGAUCGAUCUAUGAGCUGGACGAGAGGGAACGAAUCGUCGACGAGAAAGAGCGUCAGGCACAGGCAGAGUCAGAGACGCCUGUCGCUAACGGUCUGGCGUCAGAAGAGACAGUAGCGUCUCUGGUGUCUCAGGUCAGUACCGCCAGGAAGACAAACGAGAUCCUGCUCGCUCGCGUCAUGGAAGCAGAGAAUGCUCUCUCGGCGGUCAAGAAGGAGAACGAGGCGCUCAGACAGCUGCACGAGGCAGACUCUGCCGCUCUCCGCGACGAGAUCAUGCUCUUGCGGACUGGCCUGACCGAGUGA